AUGAGCACUUUUGGCACGCUAUUUCGUGUUACAACCUACGGAGAAUCACAUUGUAGGUCAGUAGGUUGUAUUGUGGACGGAGUUCCGCCGGGCUUACCACUUGCCGAAGAAGACAUACAAACACAAUUAAGUAGGCGACGGCCCGGACAAAGUAACCUGACGUCACCGCGAAACGAAAAAGACCAAGUGACAAUACAGUCUGGGACUGAGUUCGGAGUAACGCUUGGUACACCAAUCGGCUUACAAGUUCUUAACCAAGACCAACGACCACACGAUUACUCUGAAACUGACUUGUAUCCUCGUCCUAGCCACGCCGAUUGGACUUACUUGAAGAAAUACGGUGUGAAGGCUAGCAGUGGUGGUGGUAGAGCUUCUGCUCGGGAAACAAUAGGUCGAGUCGCAGCCGGAGCGAUCGCUGAAAAAUAUCUGAAACUCGCGCAUGGCGUAGAAAUCGUAGCGUUUGUUAGCUCGGUAUCAAAGAUUGCGAUGCCGUUUAUCGAGUUUGAAGAUGAAAAGGUUUUUCCGGACGAUUUUUGGAAUUUUUUAAAUGCCGUUACUCGUGAACAAGUAGAUAAAGAUAUUGUAAGAUGUCCGAAUAAAGAUGUUUCUGAAAGAAUGCGAAAGCGGAUUCUCGAAGCAAAAAAUAAAAACGAUUCAAUAGGCGGCACAGUUACUUGUGUAAUUCGUAAUGUUCCAGUUGGACUUGGGGAACCAUGUUUUGACAAACUAGAGGCAAACCUGGCAUACGCAAUGUUAUCAUUGCCAGCGACGAAAGGAUUCGAGAUUGGGAGUGGAUUCAAAGGCACCACAUUAGAAGGACACCAACACAAUGACCCAUGGAUCAAAAAAUCCGAUGGCAGUUUAGGCACUAUCACAAAUAAUUCGGGGGGUAUACAAGGUGGAAUUUCCAAUGGAGAAAAUGUUUAUUUUCGUGUUGCGUUUAAGCCUCCUGCGACUAUUUCGCAGCCUCAAAAAACUGCUACAUAUGAUGGUGUGGAUGGGGUAUUGGCUGCUCGUGGACGCCAUGAUCCGUGUGUCUUGCCUAGAGCUGUGCCGAUUGUUGAGGCUAUGGCAGCCUUGGUUAUUAUGGAUGCCGUAUUGAUUCAAAAAGCUCGUGCAAGUGCAUCUGCCUUACUCCCACCAAUAACAACUCUUCCAUCAACAAUGAUUGGUGUAAUUCAACCAAUUAGUAUUACUAAAAAGAGUCAAGAAGAUACUAACAAU